UUUAAGUCAUGGACAGUGUAUUUAUCCAAUCGGAUGCCUUCGUUACAGAACCUCCCAAGCCCUUGAGUGAAUACCAGAGUUUCUUGAUGGCGACAGAUCUGUCUCCCAUGUUGUGAUUUUGCCGCCACUGAAUAAACUCACUCGAAUUAAAGGUAAUGUGAUGACGACUGUGACAGUGGAAUUUGAGUGAGCCUUCAAGUUAAAGAGGAUUCAAACUCAUCAUUGCAAAAAUGGACGAGAUGUACGAUCCGCUCAAGUGCAAUGAAGACCUGGCAUCCUCCCCUGUAUGCCACAUGGACUAUGAUGACAUGCCGGAGUUGCAGGCAGUGGAAGAGGAUCAGCGGUCCCCUGGCUUGUUCCAGGUGGGUGCCGGUGUGUCGCAUCAGGAGGCAAGCGGCUCUGCCAACACCAACUGGCUCGCUGAGCUCGCAAACAUUGCCACCAGUCCUCAGAGCCCGUUACUCAAAGAUGCCCCGUAUAAGAGAUCAUCUCCAGUUCACAUCUUUGGCAACAGCAACAGUUUACAUUCCUACGCCCGUCCUCCUUUGGCUAGUAGUGCACCCAAUCCCUUUAGAGGUCACCUCCGGGAGCGUAGGCGUGUCAGGGCCAGCAGUGAGUCUGAGUCUGGAGUUUUCUCCAUGUCAUCGUCCUUUUCUGACGAUGAAGACAUGGCAUGGUCCCAUUCAUGGCCCUCCACAGCCUGGCACUGCUUCCUGAAAGGAACUCGCCUCCGCUUUCAUCGCGGCCCAAACGUCGAGUGGCAGGAAGCGGAUGAACUCGGAGAUUCUGAUGAAGAUUCUGAUGACGAGAGCAUGAUGCCGUCCAACUCUUCCUCGCUUAAGCGGUUUGGCUCUGAGGGGUUGAAGCUGAUAAGUCACGAGGAGACGUUGUCUUACGGCCAAGCUGUUCUGAAACUAACCUUUGAUCCUGGCUCACCUGACGAUGGUCUUUUAACCGCUGAAUGCCGAUUGGACCACCCCUUUUUUGUACAAAGUAAAGGUUGGGCCUCCUUUUAUCCGAGCCUUACCGUGGUGCAUCAUGGAAUUCCUUGCUACGAGAUGCAGCUGGGCGACAUGUGUCUGCCGCCAAACCACCCAGAUGCCAUUAAAUGUGACGAUUCAGUUGUUUUUGAUACAUUUAGAAGUUAUGACUUCACCCCGCUGGACUCAUCUGCCGUGUAUGUGCUGAGCAGCAUGGCCCGCCAGCGCCGAACCUCCCUGUCCAGCUGUGGUGGAGCUAGUCCGGACUGCGACAAAUUGGAGCACUCGGGGUCCCUGCAGUCGGCGGGCAACAAGUCGAACAGGAGCCAGGCCUCAGGGGGUAGCGGUGGUGCUACACCCACAAAAUGCAAGCGGCCUAUGAACGCCUUCAUGCUGUUCGCUAAGAAAUACCGAGUGGAAUACACGCAGAUGUAUCCUGGAAAAGACAACAGAGCCAUUAGUGUCAUCCUGGGUGACAAGUGGAAGAAGAUGAAGAGCGAGGAGCGGCGAUUGUAUACCAUGGAGGCCAAGGCUUUGGCCGAAGAGCAGAAGCGUCUUAAUCCCGACUGCUGGAAGCGCAAAAGGACCAACUCUGGUUCCCAGCAGUCUUAAAAAGAAUCCAUCCACGAAGACAUGCCGGAUGAUGCCUUGUUUUCGUUCGCUCUCCUGUAUUCUUGACACCCGACGCGACGAUGCCGUCUUCACCUGCUUUUGUAACCAGAAAGAGGAGAACAAGGAUGAACUGUAAAAAAAAAAGCCAGCGUGCCGUGUAGUCACUAACUAAAUGCAUAUAUUUUCUUACUCUAUCGCUAAUGCAAAGGAGCUUGUAUUCCUCUUUUGAUAGGAAUGAAUCUCCUCCUUUUAUUUCAUACGCAAAUUAGCCUGUGGUGCUACGUAUGCUUGAGUAAAGCAAAAAACAACACAUGUCUAUUUAUAAUUGUAUAAAAGGGGAUACGUGGAGACAUUUCUCAUUCAGCUGUUGAUGAUAUUUUUCAGGAUAUUGCACAGAAAUUAUAACUUUUUGAUAAUGUUUGCUAAAUUUUAUCAAAUCUCCCUGGGAUCUGUAGCCGACUUCGUCUUAAUAGACUUCAGCCAUACGUUGAUCAGUGAUCAGUUUACACUUAAGUCACAGAGCACUUCAGGCCCUUUCGCUGUCAGUGUUCAUUCCUAUUGCACUUUAUAUCACAAUAUAAAUAUGUAAUCUUGAACUAUACAACCUUUGUAUUCCAAUGGAAACGUGUUUGUGUUUUGCGCUGCGGCUCAGCAAACCAAGCAGCCACUUUCUUGCUUUCAGGUCACCAAAAUGUUCAUAAUGUACAGGUCUCACAGCCCUACAUUGCACAGAAUAUCCUUGUAUCAUAUUAUAAAUAAUUUUUUUAAAACUU